GUCCUCGGCUCCUCUCGCCGUGGAACGCGUCCUGCCUCCAUCACACGCCAUGGCAGACGGCGGCCACCCCGGCGUUGCGCUCGCCGCGCUCCUGCUCUUCUGCGCCGUGCUCGGCGCUGGGGCCGACCACGCGCUGUACAAGGACGCCACGCAGCCCGUGGAGGCGCGCGUCGCCGACCUCCUGGGGCGGAUGACGCUCGCGGAGAAGAUCGGGCAGAUGACGCAGAUCGAGCGGCUGGUCGCGACGCCGGAGGUGCUCAGGGACAACUUCAUCGGCAGCCUGCUGAGCGGCGGCGGGAGCGUGCCGCGGAAGGGCGCGACGGCGCGGGAGUGGGCGGACAUGGUGGACGGCUUCCAGAGGGCCUGCAUGUCGACGCGGCUCGGCAUCCCGAUGAUCUACGGCAUCGACGCCGUGCACGGCAACAACAACGUCUACGGCGCCACCAUCUUCCCCCACAACGUCGGCCUCGGCGCCACCCGGGACCCCGGCCUGGUGAAGAGGAUCGGCGAGGCCACGGCGCUCGAAGUCAGAGCCACCGGCAUCCAGUACGCCUUCGCGCCGUGCAUCGCGGUGUGCAGAGAUCCGAGGUGGGGCCGGUGCUACGAGAGCUACAGCGAGGACCGCCGGAUCGUGCAGUCCAUGACGGAGCUCAUCCCGGGCCUUCAGGGCGACGUCCCCAAGAACUUCACCAGCGGCAUGCCUUUCGUCGCCGGGAAGAACAAGGUGGUGGCCUGCGCAAAGCACUUCGUCGGCGACGGCGGCACGGUGAACGGCAUCAACGAGGACAACACGGUCAUCAACCGCGAGGGCCUGAUGAACAUCCACAUGCCGGCCUACUUCGACGCCCUCGCCAAGGGCGUCUCCACCGUCAUGAUCUCCUACUCCAGCUGGAACGGGGUCAAGAUGCACGCCAACCAAGAUCUGGUCACUGGAUACCUCAAGGACACGCUCAAAUUCCAGGGCUUCGUGAUCUCAGAUUGGAUGGGCAUUGACAAGCUCACGACCCCUUAUGGGGCGGACUACCCCUACUCGGUCAAGGCUUCUGUUCUUGCUGGCCUUGACAUGAUCAUGGUGCCUAAGAACUACACGCAGUUCAUCAGCAUCCUGACUGGCUACGUCAACAGCGGAGUAGUCCCGAUGAGCAGGAUCGACGACGCCGUCACCCGGAUCCUGCGCGUCAAGUUCGCCAUGGGCCUGUUCGAGAACCCUUACGCCGAUCCCGCCAUGGCUGAGCAGCUAGGCAAGCAGGAGCACAGAGAUUUGGCGAGGGAGGCGGUGAGGAAGUCGCUGGUGCUCCUGAAGAAUGGCAAGACGAGCGACGCGCCGAUGCUGCCGCUGUCCAAGAAGGCGCCCAAGAUCCUCGUUGCCGGCAGCCACGCCGACAACCUGGGCUACCAGUGCGGCGGCUGGACGAUCGAGUGGCAGGGCGACUCCGGGCGCAUCACGGUGGGCAUCACCAUCCUCGACGCCGUGAGGGCGGCCGUGGACCCGUCGACCACCGUGGUGUUCGCGGAGAACCCGGACGCGGAGUUCGUCAGGAACGGCGGCUUCUCCUACGCGAUCGUGGCGGUGGGCGAGCACCCGUACACGGAGACAGCGGGCGACAACCUGAACCUGACCAUCCCGGAGCCCGGGCAGAGCACCGUGCAGGCGGUGUGCGGCGCCGUGCGGUGCGCGACGGUGCUCAUCAGCGGCCGGCCAAUGGUGGCGCAGCCGCUCCUGGCCGCAUCGGACGCGCUGGUGGCGGCGUGGCUCCCCGGCUCGGAGGGUCAGGGCGUCACCGACGCGCUGUUCGGCGACUACGGGUUCACCGGGAGGCUGGCGCGGACGUGGUUCAAGUCGGUGGACCAGCUGCCGAUGAACGUCGGCGACGCGCACUACGACCCGCUCUUCCCGCUCGGAUUCGGCCUCACCACCGAGGGGACCUCGCAAGGGGACGGGGUGGCGCUACACAGCAGCAUGUGAUGGCGGUCAAGAACCGUGGACCUUGCUUCCUGCGCGCCAUGGCUCUACCGUGGCACUGCGCGAGUUACCAUUCUUUAUAGAACAAGUUACCAUGGUGGUAAUAUUCAUCACUUUUCACCAGACGGAGCGGUGUGGUAAAUGUAUCCUCACUAUUAUAUGAUGGUACUAAAACAUACGCAAGCUGUGGCAAAUGUAUCCUCACUAUUAUGAUAAUACUAAAAUAUACUGAAGCUA